AAAUAACAAUAAUAACUAAUAAGAAUCUCCAUCUUAUCUCACCCAUCGAACACUCGGACGCUAGAGAGCCAUGGCGUCUUUGGCUCAGCAAUUCACAGGGCUGAAAUGUCCACCACUCUCUUCCUCGCAGCUCUCAAAGCCCUUCUUCUCUUCUAAACAAAUCCAUCAGAAGCUCACUUCGGUAUCUCCCAUUGUCUCAGCAGCAGUGGCAAUCUCAAACGCUCAGACCAAAGAAAGGGUCAAGCUCAAAGAACUCUUCGAGGAGGCCUACGAGCGGUGUCGCACUGCCCCAACGGAAGGCGUUUCAUUCACUCUUGAGGACUUCCAAACGGCUCUCGACAAGUACGAUUACAAUUCUGAGCUUGGGACCAAGGUCAAGGGAACUGUAUUCAGCAUUGAUAAGAAUGGCGCACUAGUUGACAUUACUGCAAAGUCGUCGGCAUACUUGCCUGUUCAAGAGGCAUGCAUUUACAAAAUAAAAAAUGUGGAAGAAGUAGGCAUAAUCCCUGGUUUGAAAGAGGAGUUUGUAAUUAUCGGGGAAAAUGAUGCUGAUGAUAGCUUGAUCCUCAGCUUAAGAACAAUCCAGUAUGGACUUGCAUGGGAAAGAUGUAGACAGCUUCAAGCUGAGGAUGUAGUCCUCAAGGGUAAGGUUGUCAGUGCAAAUAAAGGUGGAAUUGUGGCCAUGGUGGAAGCCCUUAGAGGGUUUGUUCCUUUUUCCCAGAUAUCAUCGAAAUCCCCUGCAGAAGAGCUUCUUGGUAAGGAGCUUCCACUGAAGUUUGUGGAGGUUGAUGAGGAACAGUCAAGGCUUGUCCUCAGUAACCGCAAAGCCAUGGCCGAUAGCCAGGCACAACUAGGAAUUGGAUCGGUUGUCAUUGGAACUGUGCAGAGCCUAAAGCCAUAUGGUGCCUUCAUUGACAUUGGUGGAAUCAAUGGCCUUCUUCAUGUUAGUCAGAUCAGUCAUGAUCGCGUCUCUGAUAUUGCAACGGUACUUCAACCUGGCGAUACUCUCAAGGUCAUGAUACUGAGCCAUGAUCGUGAGAGAGGCCGUGUGAGUCUUUCCACCAAGAAGUUAGAACCUACUCCUGGAGAUAUGAUUCGCAAUCCAAAGCUUGUUUUUGAGAAGGCGGAGGAAAUGGCUCAGACGUUCAGGCAGAGGAUAGCUCAAGCAGAAGCUAUGGCUCGUGCAGAUAUGCUUAGGUUCCAGCCUGAGAGUGGAUUGACUCUCAGCUCCGAUGGAAUCUUGGGUCCUCUCACUUCAGACUUACCGGCAGAAGGUCUAGAUCUGAGUGAUGUUCCUCCAGCUAUAGAAUCAUGAUUGAGACUUGCAUAGCGUUUCUCCCUUUCUGCAAAAUCAUAGCCAAAUAUUUACUUCUGCAUCCAAACAAAUGAUUACUUGAUAUUGUUUUGCGAUUACUGCUAUUUAUUUAAGAACAAACACCCUGGUAUGACUUAA